CCUACUUUCAGACAGUCGGAAGACACAGCAAAUUUCUAAAACAAUCUAAUCUUCUCAAAAUUUAGAAAUUGGGGUAUGUCUUCUAAGAAACGAAUUCGAGAAAAUGGAAGCAAAACAGAUGAAAAUGAAGCAAAAAAACAAAAAACAGGUCUUCCUGCUCAUACUGGUGGCAAAUCAACAAAAGCACCAAACCAUUCUAUAACAUCAACAGUAGGCCUAACAACAGCCACCCAAAGUUUCUUCUCCAAAUGUAGAAUGUUUAUUUUAAAAGCAGGAAUUGAAAAAGCCAGAUUAAAAAUAUUCGAAACUCAAGUAGAAAAAUAUGGGGGAGAAAUAUCGGAUAGUUUUAGAGAUGAUGUGACUCAUAUUAUUGUUGAGGAUAAAAUUGAUUUGGAAAAGUUGUGUCGUCUGCUAAAAUUAGAUAAACCACCAAUAGACAUUCCUAUUAUAAAAUCAACAUGGUUAAGCACAUGUUUUCGUGAGAAACAGUUAACAGACACAAAAGACUUUACCCUAGACGUCCAACAAUACAAAGAUGCAAAGUCAGAAAGUGAUACCAAGAACGCGAUGGAAGAUAACAUUUUAACUAAUGAUGCUGUUCAACCAAAAUUGGAAAACAGCGAAAACAAAUCAUACAAGAAAGUUGGGAUUAUGUUUAACGCCUUCACUAAGCCAUCCAAAAAGACUGAAUCAGAUAGUGACUAUGUUGAGAGUGAUGAUAGUGAUUAUGGUGAAGGAACUAGUACCAGUACAAGUGAUUUUUCAUCUGACAUAUCCCCUGUCAAAAGUUUUCCAGUUGGAAGCUGGACUUGUGCUCAUUCAUCCAAAAAUCCUAAACCAAAUAUGAACCAAGCCAUUACAGCUAAACUAGAGGAAAUGGUGAAAACCUAUGAAAGUACAAAUGAUAAAUGGAGAGCUUUUGGUUAUCAAAAAGCAAUUCAGGCUCUACGAAGUCACCCUAAACAAAUAUCAACAUGGGAGGAAGCGAGAAAUUUACGUGGUGUUGGUGCUAAAUUAGCUGAUAAGAUAUGGGAGAUAGCUGAGAGUGGUGAACUGCGUAAAUUAAACGAAUUUAAAUCAAGCGAUGAGAUUAAGAUAUUAAAUAUGUUUACGGAUGUAUGGGGUGCUGGUCCCACUACUGCAAGAGCAUGGUACCAACAGGGAUUUCGAACUUUAGAAGAUCUAAGAACCAAAGCUAAACUAACCAGUCAACAGAAAGUAGGCGUUCGACUGUAUGAUGAUUUAUUAGAGAGAAUGCCAAGAUCAGAGGCAGGAGAAAUAGAGAGUGUUGUAAGGGAGGCAGCUGAAUCAAUACAAAGUGGUAUUAUAUCUCAAGCUUGCGGUUCAUAUCGUAGAGGAAAGACUACAUGUGGUGACGUAGAUGUAUUACUAACACACCCAGAUGGUAAAUCACAUCGUGGUGUGUUUACUAAACUAAUAGAAAAGUUAACUGAUGAAGGGUUUUUAACAGAUCAUUUGGUCUCAAUAGAAGAUAGUGGUAAUCAGAAAAAAUAUCUUGGUGUUUGUAUUUUAAAAGGUGAAAAUAGAAAGCAUCGUAGAUUGGAUAUUAUAGUUGUACCAUAUGAUGAGUAUGGGUGUGCUCUAGUCUAUUUUACUGGAUCUGCCCAUUUUAACAGAUCUCUGAGACACAUGGCUAAAAAGAUGAAUAUGUCUUUGAAUGAACAUGCCUUAAAAUAUGGAGUUGUAAGAAAGGGUAAUGAAAAAAUUCAUGAAGGAACUAUUAUCCCAACACCAACAGAAAAAUCUGUAUUUGAACAUUUUAAAAUUCCAUAUAGACCACCAGAAGAAAGAGAUCAUUGAUGGCUGGAUAUUUAUUUAUUUAUUGAAUUGUUAAUAUUUUGUGGUCAUUUGAUGAGUUUGCUCCCUAUGGCCUACAGUAUUUUUACAUAAUCAUAAUAUCAUAUUUAUUAUAUAGUGCAAUAAUACUAAUAUGGUUUAAAUAUUAUUCACAAAGCAUAAUUUCAUGUAAUUGUAAUUAGUUUACAUAAUUCUGUUUCAUUUAUUACAUGAUUAUUUAAUUUGAUACAAUUUUAAAUUUUUUAAUUUAUUAGAAUUGUCUUAAUUUUUUUAAUUUAUUAGAAUUUGUCUUAAAUUUUUUAAUUUAUUAGAAUUUGUCUUA